AUGGACCAACACAAGAAAAAACAGUCCAAAAGGCUGGACUUGCAAGGUAUUCGAGCUCUCGCUAUAAUAGUUGUACUUGGAUUUCAUUUUUACCCGGAAUACUGUCCGAAUGGAUAUCUUGGAGUUGAUCAGUUUUUCGUCCUUUCCGGAUUUCUAAUGUGUAUGCUGCUAAAACGAGCUGAAAAAGACUCAUCAUGCUCCCUGGUUACUUUAUUCUAUUCAAAACGAUUCAAGAGAAUUCUACCGUUGUAUCUACUUAUUAUCUUCGUUUCCAUGAUUUGCCUUUAUAAAUAUUUCCCAGAUACUGCAAUUGAAACUAACCAAGAGUCAGCAAAAUAUGCGCUGUUAUUUGUUUCAAACAGACCAAAGACUGACCAGGAAGACUACUUUCAAAUGUUAUCCAUCGCCGUCGACAUCUUCACCCAUACCUGGUCCUUAUCUGUUGAAAUUCAGUUCUACUUUUUGGUUCCUUUCUUAUUCCUGUUGUCGACCAGAAUCCCAGAAAGGUUUCAGUACGGUUACUAUGGAGGAAUCGGAAUUUCAGGAAUGGUGGUAUAUCUCCUUACUCUCUCAAAAUCUACAAGUAAUUCCUAUCAAGUAUUGCAAAAUUUUGAGGAUGAGAAAAAACUUCUUGUUGAUGAGGAGAGUCAAGAAAUCGAUUGCUCUCCUGAGAGAAAACUUGAAGAUUUCAUUCAACCGGCUGCGUAUUUAUUGUUGACGGCUCUUAUUUUUGUUACAAUGUUCCCAACUGUUUUAUCAGCUGCUAUUGUGAGACCGCUAGUCACAGUUGGCACCGGUUGUCUAAUGUUGAUUUCUGAUGAGAAUUUGAUUCUUUCCAAUAGUAUUUUGACCUACAUCGGAGAUAUUUCAUAUUCUCUAUAUCUUAUUCAUUGGCCAAUCUACGCUUACUGGAAGCUUACAUGUGAAGGUGAUAAGCUUUACUUGUUUGCCGCUCUGAUCUCAUCUGUCAUUCUCGCCAUUAUAACAUUUGAAACAUUUGAGAAAUGGUAUUUAAAAUUGUCUUCUACAAAUAUUGGAGUAGUUGUUGUAAUUUUAUUCUUUUUGAACAUUACUGCUAUCAAGAAAGAUGAUAUUAUGGACCGUAUUUACUUGAUGGGGAAAAAUGUGACAAGUUUGGAUGAUGUUACUAAUGACAUGACAGUUGACGACGCAAUCAGACUCAACACUAGAUGGAGCGUGAACGAUAUGAAAAAUCUCUACGCUCCGUCAUGUGCCUAUGAAGUUGCAAAAAGUCCACUAGGAUGGUGUAGGCAUACGGGUCUCUCAGAAUCGGGUAAAUACAAGUUGGCAAUAAUUGGGAACAGCUGGACAGCCAAUCAUGCAAAACUUUUCUAUGAUGAAUGUGGCUACAAAGCAAAGAGCAUCAUGCAAGGAUCUGCAAGAGGCUAG